UGACAACUCACUUAAAUCAAAAUGAAGUUGACGUUUUUCCAACCAUCGGCCCGUCGAAAAGAUGUCACCAAAACAUUGAAAAAUUCCCUGUGUUAAUGACCCAACACAUCACCAAACUGCUGAAACGUAUACCCUGGUUCAGACUAGCCACCAACAACGAGAUUCCAAAGCCCAAACCUUUGAAAUGGGCCAGCAUUAAAAGAAUGCUGAUCCACAGACCAGUCCUCUUCGGAGUGCCCACAACGGUGGCUAAAGUGUACACGGAGAUCUCCAACUACGAUGUGGAGGAAAACAUCGCCCAUCUGAUGACCAUGGCAAGAAUCGCUUUGGAGAAAGGCGAUCUGGAGAGAGCCGAAGCUAUUUUACUGAUGGGCAUCAAAAUCUCAGAAGAGUAUAAAAGUUACGCUGUGCUGCCGUAUAUGUACGACAUUUUGGCCUCCAUUGCCUUUGCUACGGGGAAUUUGAGAAAGGCAGAGACUUUGCUGGUGAACGCCAUAGAGAAGUUGGUACAUUUAGGGGUUCCAGAAAAUGACAACCAAGUGGUGGACUUCAAACUUCGUCUGGCACGUAUAUACAGCGCCUACAACGAACUGGAACUGGCGGAAAUAGGUUUCAAAAGUUGUUUGGACGAACAGAAAGACAAAAUUGAAGGAGGUGAUACCACUACAAGAACUGGAUUGUUGUAUAUCAAUUGUAUGUUUUGGUAUGGACUGCACAAGGUCAAAAAAUCCAAAUACAAAGAAGCCAAAGAUUUGAUUAAUUCGGCCUAUGAUUACUCCAUAAAAAUAAAAGGUUUGAGUCCCUAUCAGGAAAUGGUUAUACUGUAUACACUGGGAGACCUAAAUAUGGAGUUGGGCGAAUAUAAUUUGGCCCUACAAAAUUUACAGAGUGCCAUUUUGAUGGGCAAAGGAAUUGGAAGUCUGGAUUUGCCUAGAUGUUACCUAAAAGUAGCAAAAAUAUACACAAAAAUGGACGCAUGGGACACAGCGAAAAUUUCCGCUAAAGAAGCCCUAAGACUGGGCAAGUUAUUCAAUGAUGAACUUUUAUGUGUAGAAGCUGACAAUUUGUUGAUGAUUAUCGAUGAUAAUUUGACGUUGAAAAAGAAACAAUAAGUAUAAUUUUAUUUUUUUAUAUAUUUCCCGCAUUGUACAAAAAUAAAAACAUAAAUAUUUACACCUUAUCUCUUAGUUUGUUCUUUUUGUGAAAGUAAGUAAAAUGGGGCCGUCUGGUUUGUUAAUAAGCAAAGAUUUUGAGUCUAAAGCUGAGCUGUUCCAUUGUAUAUGGUAGUUUCUAAUCAAC